GGCGAUUCGUACAUCGUGUAAAACAGCUUACGCGAACUGCGCGCAAAGCUGCUGCCGAUUCGUUAAGCUAGCUUUGACUCCGCAAGAUUGACUCAACGUUUCAUGACAUUCUGUGUUUGUGUGCUUCAAUUUAAUCGGUACUGAUAACUAACUGUGAAGCUUAUUAUCAGGAAUAUCAUAUUUUUAUUAGCACCUGAGUAAACAAACAGAAUUAUUACGGAAUGCACGAGCUCUCGCCUCUGCGAUACCAUUUACAGGUCACCUAAGUCAAAGAAAGUAGCUAGAACUUGUAAGCCAUCCGUGAAGGCGUUUUCCGCAUUAAACGGGCUGGAGACGACUUGUCCGCCAGGCCGUCCAUGCCCUGGUGAAGAAUUGGACAUGCUUUAUAUGGGCUUAAGCGACCGCCUAAGCAGCGGUAUCCGGAAGGUUGACCUACGCGACGGAGAGCUUUUACGGGUGACGCCAGAAGCAGGUAGCGCUCUUACAGAGGCUUCCGGCGUGUCAUUGUCCAAGUACACGGCUUCCAGGCCCCCAAACGCGCCUUGCUGCUUACUGACGUCCCAUGGGACAUCGUACGAUUACUCUGGCGACUCCAGCUGCCAAGGCGUAGUCAUGCAGCCGGAGCAAGCUGCGGCCUCAGCGCAAGUCAAUAUUAUUCCGGCAAGCAGCCUUGCCCGGGGCGCUCUGGAGCACAUUAAGCAGCUGCAGCCUGGCCUUAUGCUGCGUCGGCCAGUUGACCUAUCUUCCGCGCCCAGAGCGCAGACAAGACCGGAAAUAAGCCUCGCAUCCAACCAACAAGAUACAGCAAGCUGCACGCAGGAGCCCGUCGUGACAGCAACUCAUUCCGACCUCCGCAACUCAGGCCGCAGCCGGUCCAGCGACGCUAUGGUGCCAGGCGGCCGAUACCCCAACGCUCCCACAGUAGCUCCCAGCGCCGGCACGGCUGCUCCGCCGGAAAGCACGGCCGUCUGCAGCCCGGGGCUGAACCAACAUAGCAGCAAUGGCGGAGCUGCUGCUGCUGUUGCUGAAAGAGGGCCAGGUGGGAGGCAGCAGCGUUGUAAACGCGUGCAUGGCGUGGCAUGGCGAGGCAACACGGAGCGUCUGAGCAGCAGCUUGGGCCUCUUGGGCUGGCUCCUGAGCCUCCUGAUCCUGAUGUCACGGGGUGUCGCGGGAGUGACCUACUUGUACCCCAGCACGGGCGGCUCGCCGUGCCCAGGGGUGCAGGUCAACAGCGAUCUUGAGUUCCUGAUUAAGCUUGGAUCCUGCAAAACGACGUACGUCGGGACUAGCCUGCCGUGCAGCAUCCGCAUCAACUGUGAAGACUGCCUAGGAGGCACCACACUGGCCCCAUGGGAUGUCGCCCUCUUCACAGACAGCAGCAAACCCGCUUCCGGGGUCACACGUGUGCAGUGCCCGUCGUUCAACUUGGACGACAGCGGCAUUGCCAAUGUGAUACUGGACUUGUACCCCGGUGACACCUGCAGCCUGCCGGACAUAACCACCCUCUCGUGCGACCCAAGGUCGGCGCCACCACCGCCUCCCGCCCCGCCGCCGCGACCCCCGAGCCCGCCACGACCGUCGCCGCCCAAGCCGCCAUCGCCCGCACCCUCGCCGCCACGCGCGGCGUCGCCGCCGCCAACACCCUUCCCGCCGCCGUCGCCGCCUGCUCCCCCUUCACCAACUCCGCCUAGCAGUCCGAGGCCACCCUCGCCGGCACCUACUCCGCCACCCAUCUUCCCCAGCCCACCUUCGCCCCUGCCUCCCUCACCUCCACCCCUGCCUCCUUCACCGCCGUCCCCGGCACCGCCUUCACCUCUGCCACCGUCGCCUGAGCCGCCCCUACCGCCGUCACCACCUCCCUCGCCCGAUCCGCCUCUGCCACCGUCGCCUUUCCCGCCAUCGCCUCUGCCUCCCUCUCCCCUCCCGCCAUCGCCGUCGCCACCCUCACCCCUCCCGCCCUCACCUCUGCCACCGUCGCCUUUGCCUCCAUCACCGCUACCGCCACAUAAUCCUCCGCCUUCACCCUUGCCGCCUUCACCACCCCUACCGCCGUCGCCUCUGCCGCCGUCACCUCCACCAUCACCCUCACCACCUCCUUCUCCCCUGCCGCCGUCACCUCCAUCGCCACUACCGCCCUCACCACUUCCUCCCAGCCCCAGCCCACCAUCCCCACUGCCUCCUAGCCCACCCAACACCCCGCCUCCCUCGCCACCCCCAGGCCCGCCCCCAUCCCCCUUCCCCUCCCCGCCCUCACCUGCGCCCUCGCCGCCACCACCCUCACCUCCACCGCCCCCUCCACCGCCCCUGCCACCUUCACCAGGCCCUCCGCCCAUACCACCCAGCCCCGCACCUCCCUCGCCUCCUCCACCUCCGCCUCCACCAAGACCUCCCCCACCCCGUCCGCCUCCUCCUCCCGCUGUGAUAACAGAGAUCCCCGCCGGUUACCAGCUCUCCAGCUACUGCGGUAUCGCCAGCUAUCCCACCAGCACCCGUCUCAAGGCCGUGUCCACCAACAUCGCCGGUCUGCUGGGAAUCAGCACGGACGAAGUGAGCACAGAGGUGGCAACCACCUUUGUCGCGACUGUGUACACCAUGCUUCAGGUGGUGGAGUACGGCAGUAGCAGUACCAGCAGCAGCACUAGCAGCAGCAGCCGGAGACAGCGCAGCCUCCAAGCGCAAGAGCUCCCGCCCUCUCCUCCCGCUCCUCCCUCUCCUCCGUCUCCUCGACCUUCUCCCCCACCUUCGCCCUCACCUCCACCUCGCCCUCCAUCUCCACCAUCUCCCAGGCCUAUGCCACCCAGUCCUCCUUCGCCGCCUUCCCCUCGACCCUCCCCACCCUUGCCGCCCUCUCCACGUCCCUCCCCACCCUCACCUCCGUCGCCUCCUGAACUUCCCACUGCUUCUCAGCCGCCUUCAGAAGUAUCCACAAAUCCAAUGCCUCCCGAAGCUUCGUUACCGCCCACACCCCCUUCACCCUCACCUAAUUCACCCUCAUCCAAUUCACCCUCACCGCCCCACCCUCCGCCACGACCCCCAACACCACCGCCGCUACCAUCCCCCUCCCGGCCUCCAUCACCAGCUCCUUCCCCGCUUCCAACGCCCCCACCCGCACCCAGCCCCUCCCCAUUCCCGCCGGAUCCUCCCAAGCCGUCGCCUCCGCCACCACCGCCGCCCCCUCCUCCGCUGUCGUCACCGCCUCCGCUGCGCCCCCUGCCACCAUCACCACCGCCGCCUCCGCCACCCUCACCUCCCAUGCCGCCAGCGCCCUUGGCUUGCGUCUCCUGCACAAGCGCCCUGGCAGCAACGCUGCUGACAAACCUCUGCUCACAAUUAGACGUAACAGACUGCAGCACCAUCAAGGUCGCCUGCGCCGACCCCUACGCCGACAUCUACACCUUCCCCGCACUGCCCGCCUCCGCCACCGGCUUCGGCAACAACUGCAGCUCCCGUCUGACUGCGGUGUUUGCAAUCAGCGACCAGAGCGCCCAAGCGUCCUUCGUGCUGACGCUGCUGAGCACCCAGGUCUCCGUGUCCGGCUACCUGGUCACCUCCCCCAGCUCCAACGUCGACACCGCGGUGUCCUCCACACUGCUCACCACCAUCCGCAACGUCGGCAAGACCGCCAUCGCCGUGACGGACCAAGUGAUGGCCAAGAGCGUGAGCUCCACGCUUGGCCUGACCUCCUCUCAGGUCUUCGUGGUGGGCUCCGACGGCACUCCCUCCACCGCCACCACCAGCAUCAGCGUGGUGCCCGUGUCCCUGCCGCCGCCGCCUCCGGGCCAGCUCUGCGACAGUCCCCGGCUGGGCAGCCUGUGCGGCGGGGAGGCGGUGGGCGCCAUCGUGGGCAUCAUUGCCGGCGGGCUGCUGGUGAUUGGGCUGCUGGUGGCACUGAUAUCGUGCGUCGUUGUGCGGGUUCGCCAGCCAGUUCUUCCCAUGGACGACUAUGCCUGGGUGGCAAAGUACGCGCACGUGGCUCCCAACCUAGCGUCGGCCUACUCCCCACCCGUCUUCCGAGCCACGCCCUACGCUGUCAACCUGAACCAGCCCACGAACUAUGUGGGAACGGCGGUGCUCAGAGAAUGAGUACGACUCGUACGGACAUGUCGCCGGCUGCUCCACUGAGACCACUGUUCUUUUGGGCUUGGCUUGGAAGGCCUGGGUCCUGCAUGCUGCGUAGCCGUUGCUAUCUGCAGUCACGAGCUGGGUAUGUGAGUCUUGCUUGGACCCAACUGUACUGAGUAACGUGGAUCUGACCCUGUAUAUAAUUGCAUAUGUGACCUGUUGUGUGUGCCUGUUGAGUUUUUCAGAUGCUGUUGUGGUAGCAAGUGGGGAACCUUGGGUUGGGGCCAGGUGCAUGCUGCAAAGGCACCGAGCGCUGGUGCAUGCUGUCCCAGGAAGCUGUCCCAGGAAGCCCUAAAAGCAUUUGCUUACACAAGGAGGAUUGUGCGCGUUCCAAAUUGUGCACAGCGUGAGUUUCUUAUGCACGGCUGUGCGAAAUGCGGCCUUGUUCACGCAGAGAGCCUGCUGUCGAUAGGAUGAAGGUCUGAUUGUGACUUCAUACCGUAUGUUGGACAGUUGGACCGCAUCCGGCCGUGUUGCGUGAGGUGGUUAAGAAGCCGUUGUUGAAGCCGUCUUCUGUUGAAGCAGUUGGCGGUUGACCCGACUAGUCGUUGUACGCGCGUUAACACUGCCCGCAUGUCUACUUUUAAGUUGUUGGAGUUCUAGAAACAACUUCAGUUUGUGCGUACUGGUAGGGGACAUGAAUGUGCAAGACCGUAAAUGUGAGGAUGGUGGCAAGCUUUGCCCUGGCCUGAUCACCUGUCAUGCGCCUGUGGACAGGCGCCCUACCGGUAUAUUCCUGCACGUCUUCCCUCCCACGCAAAAUUACGGGCACGCGCUACCGGAAAUCGUGCUGCAUGCCCAAUUGGGUAUCUGUGACCCAUGGGUCAUUGCGUCCUUGCGUCACUGUUUCAAGAAUAAUUUUGUAUAAGUGGAGGUAAAGCAUCGGAUGCGAAUCUUAACCUUAAGUCCUUCUUCAUAGGCGUGCGUACGUAUUACAGUGUGUUCGUUAACGUUCAUUCUCGGUCUUCCUGUUGAACUGUACCAGGUUGAUGACCUUACAUUGCAGAAUUCCUAGUGGUUUAUACAGAGGAUGCGCAUCACUAUGCGCAAGCUCGUUGUGAAGGUACAUCCAUCUCGUUGUCAUGCAUUGGCCCCAUGUAAGUUUUGA